AUGUCGACCUCAGAACCUUCUGCAAAGCGGCAAACAACGGAAGACUCGGACGAUGACGACGACUACCUAGUACCGCCAAUCACAUCUCGCUCGGUAGACUACUGGUUCGAGGACGGAAAUGUCAUCUUGCAAGUUCAACAAACCCAAUUCCGCCUGAGCAAAUCGAUCCUCUCCAUGCACUCGCCCAUAUUUCAUUCUAUGUUUUCUCUCUCGCUUCCCGAAAACGAGCCGCUGUGUGAAGGCUGUCCAGUCGUGGUUCUUUCCGGAGACGCAAGUGAAGAUUGGGAGCAUCUUCUUGGUGUGAUUUUCCCCAAAGACUGCUUUUCUUUCGAACAGCCCUAUUUGCAUCAAAUUUCUGCAAUUCUCCGUCUCAGCAAAAAGUACGACCUUGCUGGAUUCCGAAAAUACUGUGUGGAGCGUUUCAAGGCGGAGUUUCCCACCAAACUUCCGCAGUUCGACCUAGUGAUGAGGUCCUGGACUCAUUUCUGUGUGCGCAAAGACGAAGAAUUCGAAGCUUGUGUUCAAAUCACCAAUCUGGCUCGGGAACUCGGCCUCUAUUCGAUCCUCCCUACUGUCUUUUUAUAA